GCCAGUCGUUGCCAGUUUGGUAGAGCCCGCUGCGGGCCCAUGGCGGCCGCGGCCGGGCCGGUGCCGCACCCUUCACAGCUCCCAGCCGCCGCCGCUAGGGUAUUGAGCCGCCGCGCCGGUGCCCCUCGCCGCCCGGUUCACGAUCUCAGUCGUGAUCGAGGUCUGGCCGACGGCGGACCGUAACGAACGCGAGUGGGAAUCGGGACCGGUCACACACGGCAUCAAGGAAGGAGGAGAACGGACUGCGAGUUGUCUGAAACAAAGCCCAGGAGGAUGGCAAGACUGAAGGGCUGCUGCUGCUGCGGUCUGCGCGGCGGUGCGAAGUCUGUCGGGGUGUUCUUCCUCGUCAUAUCUCUGCUGAUGCUGAUCGGCGUCAUCGUCGCCUGGGCCGUGUGCUACUCGGUACCGACCGAGUCGCAGGGCUUCGGCGUCGACACGUCGGAGGGCACGUUCGGCCUGAACGUGGGCGAGUCGCGAUCGGUCAUCGGCGGACGCAGCGAGAAGGUCGAACUGAACCUGGGAAAGCUGGGCCGCUACGGCGCGUCCGUGUCCGACAGGGGUCACGUGUCGCUGCACACUCCCGGCGGCGAGCUGCGCAGUGACAACAACCACCUGGUGCCCGGUCUGGACGGUCUGGCCAAGGGGGUGCAGAUCGCGCUCAUCUGCUGCACCGUGUACGUGCUGCUGGCGGUCAUCUUCAACAGCCUGCUGAUCCACGGCGUUGAGUACGACUCCAGCUGCGCCGUCCUCGCCUGGCUGGUGUUCUACGGCAUCCACUUCGUGCUGCACUCGAUCGCGGUUGUUGGAGCUCUCAUCGCUUGCCUCGUGAUGGUCGGCAGCGUGAACGUCAACGGCGUCAUCCUUCCAGGCAUCAUCGGAGGCGUCGUCGACAUUGGCGUCUGCGUGCUGCUCUGGUUCUGGUGGGUGCUCGUGCUGACCUUCUACCGCGAGCUCCGCGAUGCCACGCGCGGCUUCAAGUACCAGCGUGAGGUGUCGCUGCAGGAUUCGCCCACUCCGCUCGUGUGCACGCCGAACGGCCAGCUCAUCAAGGCUGAGGAGUGUGCCUAGAGGCGGGCAGCCAGUACCACGAGGCACGAGCAGCGGGAGAUAUGGAGGUGCCGGACAGGAACCGGAGUCAGGACCUGGGGUCCGGGACGGGACGGGGGAGACCAAGGGGGAGACCCCCUGGUCUCUGCAGGUGUAUGACAGUGCUCUGUGAUGUUUUAGAAGCGAGUGAUGCUCCGGGGACCGGUGUGGCGUGUCUGACUCAAUGCGGCGCGGUCAUGACCAAUAAGUAACUGUGUUGGGAAACAAGGUGUAUUUUCCGGCAUGUGUUACUGAUGCGUUUGUUUUCAUCACUUGCUUAGUUUGUCGUCUUCAUUAGCGUUUGAGUCCACGAUGACGCGUGGCGUUUUGCACCUGCAGGUUGCCCCUUAUGUUUAAUUCAGAGCUUCUUUAGACGAGCGGUGACGUCAGAUGCGGGCCGUAGCCGCGGAUUAGUUCAGAGAUUCUCGCGGAGUGAAGUACUACGCUAGUAGCGUUAUGUGAAGUUGUUGGAAAACAGCUAACCUAGAUGGGGGUAGCGUGUCAAUGUCAUGUCACCGCCCAUUCAUUUUUAAAUAAACACGCUUUGUCUAUAACCCUGUUUGUGUUGUGGAACGAAAUCCGAAUGAUGCGGUUUAAAUAUUAUCACAUCCUGACGU